GCUCCUCUCGGCUGCAGCGCACGGCCAUCCGGCAGUCCGCGGGGUGGGGACGCGGGGACAGUGGCCGUGGCUGCGUAUCGCCGGAGCCAAAGCGCGCAGGCCCGUCCCGGCGGUCGGGGGGCGGGCGGGGCGAGGACGCCAUGUGGUUUAUGUACGUGCUGAGUUGGCUAUCGCUCUUCAUCCAGGUGGCCUUCAUCACGCUGGCCGUCGCGGCCGGACUCUAUUACCUGGCAGAACUGAUAGAAGAAUACACAGUGGCUACCAGCAGGAUUAUAAAAUAUAUGAUCUGGCUCUUCGUUCCUUCAACAGGGCUAGUGGUGGUGAAUCAUUACCUAGCAUUUCAGUUUUUUGCAGAGGAAUAUUAUCCUUUCUCAGAGGUCCUGGCCUACUUCACUUUCUGUCUGUGGAUAAUCCCAUUUGCAUUCUUUGUGUCACUGUCGGCUGGGGAGAAUGUCCUGCCCUCCACCAUGCAGCCAGGAGAUGACGUGGUCUCCAAUUACUUCACCAAAGGCAAGCGGGGCAAACGCUUAGGGAUCCUGGUUGUCUUCUCCUUCAUCAAAGAGGCCAUACUACCCAGUCGUCAGAAGAUAUACUGACCCCCCUUGGGAGGGCAUGUGGGGGCAAGAUUGGGAAAGUCAGGCCCCUGGGCCUCUGCACUGGGUGGGGGCCAUGAGCCCGGAAGUACCUUCCCCAGCCGAGGCCCUCCUUCUGUUGAUUCUCCCUGAAGCCGCCAUCCCCACCCUCCUCAGGGGGCUCAGCUUGGCUCAGAUCUGACAUUGCUAGAGGCUGUGACUCCAGAGGGAACCAGGCAUGGUGGCAGAGCCUGCUUAGCCAGUAGGCCAUGGUCUGCCUGAUUGGGUGGAAGCUGAGCUCCCUAUGGCACUUCCACACCCUUCCAUGGUGGGUCAGGAGGUUCAGGCUCAGCCGUGGCGGGCAGGGCAGUGGGGCAGCAGGGCAGGGGCCGUGAAGCUGGAGAACAGACGGUGAUAAAUUCUCUGGGCAGAUGGCCUUGGGGAGGGACCAUGGCUUGGCACUUCCAAGAGAAACAGUUUUUGCUGUUGAGCUGUGAUUUCUGUCCAAGUGCUGAUUCCCAUUUGAAUAAAGAUUCUAGGUGGCACUGUUUGCCUUAAUACCCUGAAAGUUCAUCUUCCUUUCUUCCUGCUGACCUUCUGCUCUGGACUGUCUUUUCUGCUCUAGGGGCUCCUUUUCUGGUUUUGGGUCUUGGCCAUUGGGAAAGGCCAUUCUUAGGGCCCUUAGUGGGAAGUGGGUAGAGAUGAGCAGGGCUGGCCAGGGAAUAGGGAGCUGAGGGUGGAAGCAGCCUGCCUUAGGCCUGUCCCUUUUCUUCUAUGUCUUCUUUCCCCACGGCUUCAUGAUUGUCAAGCUGGAGGCAGAGAGGGGACAGUUUUUCAGAAAAACAUCUACAGUAUCUAUUCAUAAGUCUUUCCUGUUGCAGUCGGGGACCACGAAAAUGAGAAACCAAGUCAGAAUGACAUUUUAAGCAGAGGGCUUAGACUUUCUCAGGAGACUAAGUGCCAAGUCAGCAUUCCCCUGCACUUUUACUAAGUUACAGCAAGCAAAAAGACAGGCAUCGAUUAACGAUUAUAGGAUGAGUUUCUUCAUCAAGCUAAACAAUUGCAAGCUAAUUAUUUCUUAAAGUUUCUCUUAUGUCUCCUCAAGUCACCUGGCCAUGUGAGUCUCACGGUGUGUUCCUUAUCUGGGUUUGCCUCUGGAAGGAUCAUGAGAACUGUUUGCAGUCCUUGUCACACUGCUCAUGACUAGCAACAUAUUCCAAGACACAGCACCUAUUAUUCUUUUCUCUAAGAUCAGUUUCAGCUACAAAUCAUAUUGUUCUUUCUCUUAAAUUAGUUUUGGCUAUAGAUUAAGCUUAAGCAGGAACUAAAUUAUAGCACUUUCUCUGGGAAAAAGGAGUUGUUUCUGGCUGAAUUCUAUCUCAGGCUCAAGGAGAAACAAAAUAAAAACUGACUUCCAGGCAUCCUGGGCUACAGCCUGUUUUGUAAGAAAUGGGACUGAUGGGAGAACGUUGUGUCACUCUCAGAGCACACAAGGGCUGGCCCUUUCUUCUGGGUGCUCUUGACCCCUGGGGAGAUAACCUCGGUCUUCUAAGAAGGUAGGCUGGAUCCCAGGCACAGACCAGCAUUUGUUGACCUUGCACUCCAACUAUAGUGCCUUGCAAGUACUCAACAGUACAUUUUAGAAUGAAGUCCCCACAAGAGCUGUACUUGCCAUGUCCUAUACCUCAGCGAGGCUGGCAGAUGCAAGGAUGGACUGCACACAUGGUAUCUUUAAGUCACUAGGAGGGCCCUAUGCUUGAAAAUCAUUCCUCUACAUCUGCCUCAAGCCCUACCAUAGCACUUUGUUUCCUUGGCUUUAGCAUUUCCUGUUCUCUUAAAAAUACCAGCCUUCCCCUUUCCCAGGCGUAGCAGUGCAUUUUAGUCCUCUCUUUGCGGGAAUGAGAUUGCCUUUUUAUCCUAGGCAGACAACAGCAGGCAGGGGAGAGGACACAGGAGGCCGACGUCAUCCUCACGGGCCAGCACUGGCCCUGCCUCCCUUGCUAUCCACCUCUUUGUUCCUCCCCCGGUGAUGUGGCUUCUCUCCUGGGUGUUCCCAGUGGCCUUGUUAUGCUCAUUCAUUCUGCGGGACCCUCUUCAUACCUAACCAUCCUGGAUCUCUGCAGUAUGUGUUAGGGCUGACCACCCCCAGCUUGUGGAAUUGUGCUCCCGGGCACUUUGGUUGCUGGGCUUCCUCCUACCUCUCUGGCUGCUCCUUUCAGUUUCCUGUGCAGGCUUCUCCAUUGGCCCCAUACACAGUGGGGUUUCUCAGGGUUCCAUCAUGGUCAAGUUGAGCCUUGACCUCCAGCCCCAGCAUCCCUUCUGGUCUUUUGAACCACACAGUUCUGCUGCCUUUUGGCACACAGACAACUUGAGGCCUACUUGUUGCUGUCCUCUGCAAACCUGCCUUUUUUGGGUUCCUCCUAUGGCCCCAAGAUCACUCAGGAGCCAGACCAGAAACCUGCUUUCUAGCCCUUCAUUCUCUUUCUGUCCCCCGACAACCAAGCUCUAAAAACUGUUAAAUUUACCUUCUUAACAUCUCUUGAUUUGAGCCACUCCCACUGUCAUCAGCUAGCACCUGGAUUAUUGUGACAGCCUCCUUCUGUUUCUCUACCCCACAGCCAGAGUUGUCCUUCUAAAAUGCAUAGUUGACCAAGUCCUUCCCUGGCCUGCAACCAACCUCCCAUGGCUCCUCACUGCCUCCAGGAUAAAGUCCAGCCCCCUUAGCAUGGCUAAGGUGAGACUCACGGGCCUGGUUCCUGCUCACCUCUCUGGCUCAUCACUUGCUACCUUACACUCUGGGUCCCAGCCGCCUGUAUCCAGAGAUGCCACUUUGAUUUUCUUUUCUUUUGCUCACCUGGGUACCUUUGUCAGUUCUCAACACAGAUUCACUUCAUCCAAGUAGCUCUGUCCCCUCUCUCCCCAGCACACCACACAGGUUGCUCUGGGCUUACUUGCCUGCUUACUGGUCUAUCUCCCCACUAGACUGUAAGCUCCUUGAGGGCAGGGACUGUCCUUCAGUUUUUAUAUCAACAGUGCCUGGCUUGGUGCCUGGCAGAUAGAAAGCACUUAAUAAAUAUUUGUUGAAUGAA